CCAAUGAAAGCGCCUCUGGCAGAUUUUGCCGCGAGGAGCGGAGCCGAGCUGUAGGGGGUGUGUAGACGUUUUCUAAAGGGAAUGGAAAGUAUCUGGAUGCGGAGAUAUCUGAAUUAAAACUUUGAUAACUACCUAACUUAAUGGUAAAGCCUGACGGCUCCGGGUGUGCGGCGAGGGUUUCUUCGGAGCACACCAGAGGGCAGCGACUCGCUUUGUUGUUGGGCGGAGCGUUCUCUGCUAGCCUACUUUAGCUAACAUGCUACCACCGGUUUGUGUCUGGUAACAAUGGCUGGAUGUGGACUCACGCGCCGGCCUUCCUUGUCUCGCCGCCGCAUGGAUAGCUAACAGCAGCUCGACUCCUGUCCUCGGCCUGACCUCAUGGAUCCCGGUGGAAGUGAACUGGACUCCAGCCUGCCUCAGCCCGAGAACCCGUGUUUGAUCGUGGAGGACUCCCAGCCGGACAGCGUCGCUCUGGAGGACGAUCCUGAGAGCAGCUACCGAGCUCUGCUGGCCCGUCGCCUGUCCAGCUUGCAGCCCACCGCCCGCAGCCCGGUUCUGGAACUGAUAUCCUCACCACUAGGAAGCAGAUGCUCUCAGACUGACAGCCAAUCAGAUAGCUCCCAGAGUAACAACCAGGCUGAACCCGGCGUUCUCACUGCGGCCAACCCUAGUUCAGCAUUCCAGGAGGAGAGUCAAGUUAUAAACAUUUGCCCUCCUCCAAACAAGAAAAAGUGUGCACGAGAGGACACCGACAUGGAUUCAGGAGCUGAUUCUACCACGCACUGCAUUCAGUCUGAGGAGGGAACCUCUCAGUUUGGUUUUCUUGAGCUUUCUCAGAGUCAGGAUCUGCGUGGUGAAGUGGGGAACAGUCAGGAGGAAGACAUCGUCCCUCAGCCAGACAGUGAGAGAUGCACAAAAUUAGCAGAGCAGAACAUCAGCUCCAGGACUUCGGCGAGUCAGGACAACAAAUCUGUGAGAUCUGAGGUGAGCUCCAGCAGCUCGUCGGACUCUCCGGGUCAGUCGGGCAGGCAGCUGAGUGUCCAGGUUCUACUGCACUCGCAGGGACUCCAGGCCUCUGGUGAGCAGGACCAGCAGGACUGCGAGAUCCUGUCCUCGCAGGAUGAUCUGUUCGACGCCGAUAAGACAGGUGCUGCAGUAGACAGCACAGUGUCUGAGCCAGAGCAGCAGGGUCACCCCACCCCGACACCAGCUCGCACCCUGCGACUGUUGCAUCUCUCUGGACAGGGACCACUGGUGCAGGAAAGUCUGUCCCAGAGCUCGGUUGAUUAUGUUGCCCCAACCCCAGAAAACUUCACCCACACUCCUUUAAUUGUUCCCAACUCACCCACGGGACCAGAGAACGAACACGGUGCUGAUGAACCAAUGGAUACUUCGUUGCCCCCAGAAGAUCGAGCAGGGGAGAGGGAAGAACAGCCAAUGGAAACGGAGGCUGCCUCUAAGCCACACCCAUCCGCCUCUACGCCUGUAUCCCAGAAUUCCCCUGGUUUUGUGUUGGAGCGUCCUUUCUCUUUACCCUCCCAGCCAGAGUUCUCUCAUGACGUGUUUGUUCCAACGCAGAGCCAGGAGACACCACAACAGUCAGAUAAGAAGUCAUCAUCAUUGCCUGGUGAGACCCAGUCUCAACAUCUGGAGUCAGCUCCUUUCACUUUGCCUUUGCAACUCUCUGUGAACACGGAGAGCAGCAGCCCAGCUCAGCAGACCUCAGAACAGAUUGAAGAUGACAGUCAGGCCACGCAGAUAGAGGAAUUGGAAGAGCCGCCCGGCGUCGACACCAGUGACUCUGUGAUUUCACGCCGUGAUCAGAGGAGCGAGAGCAAUUGUGUCCCGUCGGAAUCACAAAUUGCCACUAGUUCGAAAGCUUCCAACUCUGCCGAAUCACCGAAGCGUCACAGCGAAUGCGCCAAGGUUGAGCAGUCCAAUCUGUUGCAAAAGUCUGGUGUGCACAAAAAGACAUCAACUUCAUUGAAUGUACAAAAUGUGAAUGUAAAAGACGGUAAAAGUGACUGUAAAGAGGUGACCCCUGCUGACGUGGUGUCCUGCUCUCAACCAAAGUUGGAUUCCCCUGAACUGGCUGUUAACAGCUGUUUGCAGGAGACUCCUUCAGACACUACACCCUGCAGUUUGCCCUCGCAGUCCACCAUCUCUCAGACAUCUGUUGUGGAUGUGAGAGGAGGAGGGACUGCAAAGAGUCAGUCUGUAGAAUCAGUGUCGCAGCAAUGUGGAACAGUUGGUAACAGCCAGACUGACAAAGCCAUGAUGGAUGAGCGCGAGCGGGAUGAAGUAGAAGAGGAGGAGGAGGUGGUGAUGGAGGAGGAAGAGGAGGAGAGUGCAGCAGGAGGCGGGGCCUCGGGAAUGGCUCUGGCUCUGGCUCUCUCACAGAGCCAGCUGUUGUCUCCUGAGCCCAUGGAGGAGGACAGUGAAGACCGGGGAGCGGACAGCAUCAUCGUGGUAACAGACAGCGAGAGAGAUUCCCAGAUUCUGAAAAAAGAUGUGACGCCACAGUCAAAGACCAGCAGCUCCCAGCCAAUCAGAAGCAAAGUGUCCGCCUCAACUAAUGGCCACGAGUCCCAGGCUCAGGCGAAGGAGGCGGAUGCAGUUCCUGAUACGUUCUCCCAGACUGAGAGGCCGGGGCCUGAACCAGAGGGGCUCAAAGACAAGAGCCUCAGUGAUAGCUCAGGAGAAAUUUCCUUCCACUUUACACUUCCCAAAGAAGGAGAGCUGAUUGGUCCUGCUGUUGGUGCCACACCUCCUCUAAUCAGCCAGCUGAAGCAGACGCUGAGACACAGCACUCCCAUUGAGCUCACUUCCUUUUCUGAAAAGUCAGACAUGGUGGGCGAUGUCUCUGCAGAUGUGGCGAUGGCUGCCAGUGACAUCGUGUCCGGGGAAAGCGGGGAGGACACGACGGAAAAGGGAGACGGGAAGCUAAGUUUGAGGAUGAAGCUGGUGACCCCCGUUGAAGAGUGCAGCUCGGAGCGCUUCAGCCUGCAGAAGCCAGCACUUUUAGAGGAGGAUGGAUCUGUCGUCAAGGUUACCACUGUUUCCAAGGCUGUAACCAGCAGCCCGUCAGUGUUCAGUCGCGUCAGGCAGGUGCACCGACAGCGGGAGGCAGAGGAGGACAGCCAGCCCGCAGGCAACACUACACCUGUCAGGGGGGAGCUGUUUGCCUCGCCGCAGAGAAGCUCCCAGGCGUCCUCGACGGGAUGCAACAGCCUUCCCACCAGCCAAUCAGAGCCUUCACAACAGGAAAUAUUGGCAGCACCGCAGCAGAACUCCGUAAAUAGCCCCGCUCCCGCCGAGCAGUCUGAAGAGUGGCGAAGGCCGCUUGGAGUUUCAGAGCCUCCCAUCUUAAACAGGACAGAUGCCAGGCAGAAGGUGGUUUCCCAUCAGGCCUUUGACAACACCAUCACCUCCAGUCCGUCCAACAAGCCCCGUCAGCGGACAGUCUCCCAGCAGACCAGCUUUGACGCACCGGUGCUGCGCUCCCCAGUUGGCAGGGGUGAACCAGAGUCUCCGUCCUUUAGAAGAACCGCGGGCCCCUCCCACUGCAGACACGUGCGCACCAUCCAGGAAGUACGUACCACCAUCACACGGAUCAUCACAGACGUGUAUUAUGAGGACGGCAAAGAGGUGGAGCGCAAAGUCACCGAGGAGAGCGAGGAGCCAGUGGUGGACUGCCACGUGUUGGACAGCGACAUCUCCCCGUGCCGGACAGGCAGCAGCUCUGUGACCUCUGGUGACCUGGGUGACAUCAGCUCUCUGUCGUCCAAGGCCUCCAGUCUGCAGCACAGUUCGGGAGGAACCAGUAGCAGCACCGGCCUCGCCAGGCCGGACUUCAUCAUGCCGCCCAUCCGAGGGGCCAGAUCCAUCAGGGGGGGUGGUGCUGGCUCAUUGCAGAGACUUGGCGCUCAUGGCCAGCCGCAGUCCUCCUCGGAGGACGAGCCCUACACCCGCAUGCUCCCCCCACGCCUCCCCAUCAGCCCCACGGACGCCGAGCUCCCCAGCCACUCGGACUCCCUCAGGUCGUCGCCGGGGGAGGCGAGCUUAGCCGGCAGCAGCUUGGUCGGCCUGCGGGUGGUGGCCAAGUGGUCGUCCAACGGCUACUUCUACUCAGGCCGCAUCAUCAAAGACGCCGGGGAGGGGAGAUUCCGCCUGCGAUUCGACGACGGCUACGAGUGUGAGGUGGUGGGGAAGGAUAUCCUGCUGUGUGAUCCCAUUCCGCUGGAGACGGAGGUCACCGCCCUGCUAGAGGACGAGUACUUCAGCAUAGGUGUUGUGAGGGGCCAUAAGACAGAGGGCCAGGAGCUGCUCUACAGUGUGGAGAGGGAGGGCCAGAGGCAGUGGUACAACAGGACCUCGGUCAUCCUGUCCCUGGAGCAGGGAAACAGGCUGAGGGAGCAGCACAGCCUGGGGCCCUACGAGCCCUCCACUCCCCUGGCCAAGGCGUCUGACAUCAGUCUGGAUAACCUGGUGGAGGGGAAGAGGAGGCGCAGAGUGGCCCCUGGAGGUCAGGACACUCCCAACUGCAGCUCCUCCAGCAGCCCCCGUACGCCCGGCCCCUCCGGCAAGAGAAAGCACAUGACCCCUGGCGGUGACAGGACGCCGGCCAAGAGAGGCCGCAGAGGUCUGGGUGCCAGAGCCGCUCAGCGGGUCGGUGCGUGUAACACCUCCGGCAGCGGCACGGAUCUCCCCGGUCAGUCCUGCGACGUGGCGGAGACUCACGGUCCGCUGCCCCAGAACACGUCUCUCUUCAUGGGCUUCGCCUUCAUGCUCACGGCUACGUCGGAGAGCGACCGGCUGACCAACAAGCUCACCUGCGACGACGAGGACGAUUACGUGCAGACAGGUCCAUACAACAAAGGAUACACAGAGUCCCAGCUGCAGGCAGGUGGAGGCUUCAUCCUGCCUGACUUCAAUGAAGAACAGUGUAAGGCAGCGUACCAGAGCCUGCUCAUUGCAGACCAGCACUGUCGCACCAGGAAGUACUUGCUGUGUUUGGCCAGCGGCGUGCCGUGUGUGUCGCAUAUAUGGGUACGGGACUGCUGCAAAGAGAACAAGCUGCUCAACUACAGGAAUUACCUGCUUCCCGCUGGCGUGGGACCAGAUGACACCAUAGUAGAAUGGCAUCCCCGCAGCAGCCCGUUCAAAGCGCUGCGGGUCCUUCUGGUGUUCGAGAAGCCGGCGGAGCUUUGGGCCCAGCUGAUCACCAUGGGCGGAGGUUCCUCCGUCCGACAGUUCCAGGGAGACAAGGACAGCUCAGACAUUCCCGCUGGCAAGUAUGACGUUGUGGUGACAGACCAUGCCUGUCCACCGCUGGUAGAGAAAAAUGUGACAUCCCAGGAAGUCCCGCUGGUGUCUCCUGAGUGGCUCAUUCAGAGUCUCAUCUGCGGGGAGCGCCUGGGUUUCCAUAGCAAGCCUCAGUAUCGCCACGACUACUCCUCAUAAUCUGACUCCACGUGUGCAAAAUGCCUUCGACCAUGUUAAAUGUUCAGCGUUAGUUCAGUUGCAUGCCUCUGCUGUAUAUAACUUUAUCCUGUCUGUUUUUAUGGGAUAAUAAAUUGUGACC